UGGAUUUUUUCCAGUGUUUCUGUUUUAAUGUUAAGACCAGCUCUUAAUGGAAAUCCACCUUUGGCUAACAAGAGUUCAGGUUCGCGACCUAGUGGAGAGAUGCACCUGUCCCACGCAAUUCCCUAUGAUCAGGGUGUCGGAGGGCAAAUAUCGUAUCGGCGACACAAAAGUGCUUAUCUUCGUCAGGAUCCUUAGGAGCCACGUUAUGGUUAGGGUUGGAGGUGGAUGGGAUACCCUCAGCCAUUACUUGGACAAACACGACCCUUGUCGAUGCCGAACAUCUCACCGCUCGACCAUCUCCGCGAAGCUCAUUCAGAAAGCUGGAGGGUCCUUCGACUUAGGAAGUGCACAGGUGCAUUACGAACGAUCACCUCCGAGGACCCGGCGCAGCUCGGCGUCCAGCGUAGGGUCCUGCGCGGGAGCGAUGCAGGCCCUGAGCCAGCAGUCCCUGUCCCCGCAAGCUCCCAGGACCGUGUCGGCCAGCAGGUCGCGCUCCCCGACGCCCCAUCGAGCCAAUCGACACCUCGGUGAAGAGCUAAAGAAGCCGGCCAAUCGGUCCCGCAGCCCAACCCCCCAGCGAAAAUUCCUCGGGAGUCCCGUUCACCAGGCGGUGGACCACGGGAAGCAGAGGUCGAGGUCGCCGACUCCGAAGACCGGCCUGCGCUCCCAGAGUCCCACGCCCAGGGUCGAGGGUAGCAGGUCGACCUGCGCCAGUCCCCUCGAGCCGACUAGGAAGGUCUUCAACGAGGAGGUCCGACUCGCCAGACAGGACGGCCGCGCGCAGGUGCAACCUGGCAAACUCCUGGAGAACUCUCAGGAUCCGAAACCGGAGGAGACGAAGUCGAAGGUGCCGCUUCCGGACGAGUUCACGAAGCGGUAUGUCGUCGAGGGUGGUGUUGCCCGAAGGACCGUGGAGAGGGACGACACCCCGAAGUACGAGCCCGCGAUUUACUCGUACAAGUGUCGCGAGGACUCCAACAGCCGCAGUCCGACUCCAAGCCCGCCGGCCAUCAAGGAGGAAACGGCGGAGCACUUCGCGAAGGAGCCUUCCGGAUACGCCAAGUCGCCCCACGGGGACGGUGAGCACUCCGACAACGGGAGUGAAGUUUCCGACGAGGGAUAUCGAAGCCUCGGAGCGGUUCAGCCGCCAACGGCGAACGGUUUGAGCACGCAGGGAUCGCCUACGGUUGUCGAAUGUCAAAAGCAACCCACGAGGGAGCCCGAGAGAUCCUGCGUGGAGACCGAGAGCAUCGAAACAGGCCUACGGAAGACAAGGAUUGGUCCAGGAAGUCCACUGAGGGCAUCGCCGUCAAGGAGCGUGGCCUCGUCUUCCGGAGAUCGCACCCCAAGGGCUGGAUCCAUCGUCCGCGAGAGCAGCAACCUGUCCAGGGCUUCGUCGGGCAGCAGAACCCCUAGAGAGGGCAAUUCCAGUCCAGAAAGUAGCCCCAUGAAACGCGGAGCGGCAAGGUCUAGCCUCAGGAAACCUCCAACGGGCAGCUUGAGCAAAGCUUCCGGUGUCCCCAGGUCUACAGCUAGGAGUCCACCGGGCCAAACCGGCAACAAUACCUGGAACGGUCGACAGGCCAGGCAGAGACCCAGUCUGCAGGCGGAUACAUUUGUCAACCCAUCGGCGGGUCCAACACCGAUAUCUACCUCCGUGGGGUUCUCCAGACGCAGUCCAGCGAGACAGAGCUUACCCAAACCGGCCGUGAACGGAGGACCCCAGUACGAUAGAAACGGGCGCAGGAUAAAGCCCGUAAGUUCGGUCUCGCUUCAGUCAUCGCCCACCAAGGUGGCCAAUCCGUUGCUCGAGCAGAUUCUUCAGAAGGUUGGUCAUCUCCAGGACGACAAGGAAGUCGUGCAGAAGUUGCAAGAUCUGUUGAAGGACUAUCAGGACCAUACAGGGGGUGCCAGAAGCGAGAGCGAUGCCACUUUGGAGUUCACUAAGGCAUGGGUGGAUGGCAAUGGAACGGUGGUGCUACCCCAGGAUACUCAGGUCGUCGCCAGUCCUAGGAAAGAUCCCAAGCCGGCUUCCGAGAGAGGAGGGUUUUCUAGAAUACCAGCACCUGUUUACAAAAGGCCUAUGUCCGUAGCUUCGGACAGCAUGUAGAAAUUGGACUUCCACCGGGAAGGCGUUAAUGUCGAUUCGAGCGCAUUUUUAGGGUGGGCGUUAGGAGUGUUCCCGACGGUGGUUUGUCUCCUGACCAUAACGAGCUAAUUUCGCAAGACUCGCUAUAUUUUUCUUUGCGAAUGCUUUGGCACAAGAGGAACCCAUUCGAGCUGCAGGACUUCUAAUGGUUAGCUUCAGCUGGGACUUGGAUGUGCAUAAAUCAACGGCUUAAAGUUUACCGAGCCAAUUGAGCAAAGUCCACGAAGGCCCGUUACGAACGAAGUGACCCGCUGUAACGGAAAUGGUUUCAUGAUAAUACUCUUAGCUUGGACUUCGCUUCGAUCACGGCUCGUUGAGUCUGGGAUAAUGAUCGAUUUUCCGUUUUAGUUAACGCAGUCCGGGCGCUAGAAUCUGUCGAGGCGUUAUCGGAGGCACAGAUAAGCUAUCGGGAACGAAAGCUCGAGAGUACGGAGAAAAUUGAGUUCGAAGUUCGGUAGCCUUAUAUCAAUUUUUAUCCUCGAUUUAUCUUCAGACGUUCAAACGAGACAUUUUAAUGCCAAUAGAGUAAUUAUAAGAGAUUAUUUUGUUUGAAAUUGAUGUUAUAUGUUCUUAGACGGACGAGGAGAUCACGAUCAUUCUUAAGAUGGUACUCCAAAAUGGCGUCCCCGGCUACCGUUCUCCGAAUCAUGCUUCUCCUUCAGGGCAUUAAAAAUACCUAGAUGCUUAGAUUAUGCCCAGGAACGGAUCCCUAAAUUUAUCUCCUAAACGAAAGGGCUUUCCAGUAUAUGAAGAUCUGUAGUUUCAAAUUUUUAAGUAAAGCGAGAUCUUCACGAAUGAGUCACCAGGAUGAACGCACCUCUAUGUUAGUCUCUAAAAGCGUUCAUGGUGGUGAUUCGUCGUGGUCGUAAAGGGAAUAGUUUCGCAAAUUUCUCUGAAUUAUUUUUUUCAUUAUGCUUCGGCAAAAUGUGCUUGUGAAGCUGUUAAAAGUUAAUGAAAAAUGGAGAAAAGCGAAGGAAGGAGGGGAUCGAGGAGCAAAUGAACAGAAGAAGUUCACCCUGAAGAUCGGCUUCUAACUAGUCGGUAAAUUUAUGGGAUUCUAGGCGUACCACGGGCGUUUUGCGUUAAUCACUUCCCAAUCGAUUUGCUUCCCGUAAGUUAAUAGCACACUGGUUAACGUGUAUCAAGGGAGCGAACAACGAAGGAAAGGGAGCGAAAGAGAGCGAAGGGAAGCGGGAAGAAGAGGAACGGAGACGGAGAGGAGGUGUACCCAAGAUGGUAGAUAAUAUUAGUCGUGAGCUUGUUCGACGUCACGAAGGAUCUUUUAUUCGCACGUUCACUCUGUGUCGCCCGUGUCUUUCGUGACGAUCGAUUCAAAUCGAUCGACUUGCCCCUCUUCCUGUCUUUCGCUAUGUCUCUUUUUCUCUUUCUCGCACACACCUGCUCUUUCUCUUCAUCUCACGCCUCGGGCCGUUAAGAAUCGCACACAGUAGCACCGGCCGAGGCAAUUGUCUCCACGGUUGGGCAAUACCAGAAAAUGAUCAAAAGUUAUUUUUUUAAAAAAAGGUUUCCCUCGUACUUUUUACGAAUUUAUAUUCAGGGUGAAGCGGAAAAUAUUAUUCAUUUAAGUGGCACUUUUUUUCGACGUUUAAACUCGAUAUUCGGAACGAAAGAUGUCGACUUAAAGUGUCAGAAUAAAAUUAUAUUUUCUCAUGUCUCGUAAUAUUUAAUUCGAAAUAUAAUUUUUAAACUCCCGUAUAAUAUUUACUGCCCUUUUUACCGAAGAGGCAGUUUAUUUGACCGUCCUUAUGAAAACUGUAGAAUUUAUUAGACGAUUGGUUAAAUAAGUUAGUACACAAAAUGCCUGACGUUUGCUCAUGAAAUUCUAUCGUAUUAUUAAAAAAAAGAACGUAGACUUCCAAACCGUAAUUUAUCGGUAGUCUUUGGAUUUAUAUCGAUAUGCUGUAGAAUUUUUUUACGAGUUAAAAUUGUAUGCCCUGUUAAAUCCAUGCUUGUUUCUUCUACAGUAUUAGCUAUUCACGAUGAAUAAUCAUGGAGUCACCCAGAACAAACUACCGACCGAUUCACCCUGGUACAUUGGGAAAGUAAUUACCAACAUACCCUUUAUUUCGUUAUUCGUUAUCGCAAGGUCUUGCCCAACCCCGACCGUCACUCGGUCCCUGCACCCGGACGACGAUUGUAUUAAGAAAUUAUUUAUUUAUAUAGUCUAUUCGGUUGUAUUUAUUGAAGACGAUUUAUUUACGUGUUGCCGAAGCUGCCCCAACCUGCCGGAUCUCAACGGCAGGACCGGCGAGGGAACUUGUAGGCAGAAACGGGUGGACGUCGUCGAGGGCGAAUCACGUACGAGGACGAAGCGUACGGAGCAUCGGACUCUAUCCUCUCAACAGACUGCAUAGAUAGCGUGUGUCGGAUCUUAAACGUCAUUCCAAUAUUUAAACGUUUUUUAUACCAAAAGUGACCGUAGACCAUUUUUGUACCAAGUGUCUUAGCAGAGAGCCGGCGAAGAGGGGUACGGCCUUCGUCGGGUCAAGGCUGUCUCAUCCAAGCCAAGGCGUUAUUUUAGUGACCGAAACGAGAGGAGAGCUAGUUGACGAGAGGUUGAGUGGGAGCAAGGAGGACCGAGAGAACGCUACGAGAUGAAUUUUAAAGCGAGGAACCUGACAUAUUUUUUAGAAUAACGUGUACGGUAAGCGAUUUACUAAUAGUGAGGAGUCGAGUCGUACCGCUCCAAUCACUAUGUCGGCGCUCGGCGGUGAUUCGAGGAAAUCCCUCAGACGUUUUUUUAUUUCCGUGAAAAGUAAGGACUUAAAUCCCCUGGGUAUUUUAUUUCCCUUACUUCAUCGACGUUCGUUUGAAGCGCUCAAUGAUGUGAAGUUCUGUCGACCGUCGACGUGAAAUCGAUCAUUUUGAAUACGACUUGACUUAUGGAAUCGCCCGAAACGUAACUCAAUUCGAUGCAGUGCUCUUACGACGUUUAUUAUCUGAUCACUCUUUGAAUAUUUUCUUUCCGCACUUGAAAAUUUUCCUUACCUUCAUUGUUGAUAUUUAUGCAUUUUUGGAUGAGAGUUUGAGAUUCCGGUAACAGUUUCUUUGUCCUUUUUUCUCAUUGAUACGAUAGAGUGGCGUUUGAGUUUCGGGCGCGUUCCACAUGCCUAAGCUUUAUAACCCUGACUCCCAAUCACACGGUCUCUUAUUAUGUUUAUAAAUAAUAUUAAUUAUUGUAGUACCAGUACUAUAAUUGCAUUAUUAUCGCGCCGGCGACGACGCCGGCGAUGGUUAUUAUAUUAUUAUACACAAUGUUGCCUGCGUUACGUUAUUAUUUUACAAACAAGGACGAGCUGUAAAUGAGAAAAAUUUCGUAAGAAACAAUAAAGAAAAAAUUUCACCAAAUUAUUAGUCUCUAUUUGCUUUCGGCAGACUCGGCCCGAUGUAAGUAACCCUUUACAUUAUCGUUUAAUACUUUCCGUCCUUCAAUGUCUUACCGUUUUCACAUCUUACUCCAUAUUUUAAUAAGUACGGUUCGUACGUAUUAUCACGUAUCGUUCAUUAUUGAUUGAAUAGUUUAAGACUGUGGAUAAUUUAGGAACAAAAAAUGGAUCAGUAAUUCCAUUCAUUCUUAACCAAAUUAUGACGAACGUUUAAUAAGAAUUUUGUAAUCAUUUAUUUUUCUGAAAGAAAGAAUAAUGUC